UAUUCUAAAUAGUUUUUAGUAUAUUAUAAAAAGUCGUACGUAUUGAGUGAUAACAAAUAAACAAUUGCUUCUAAUAUAAUUAACAAUGGCUUUAGAGUGGAUUAGAUGUAAUAAAUGUUUUAUCAGUUUGAAAUCAAUAAAAGCAGGAUGUACUCCUUUUUCGUUAACUCAAUGUGGUCAUGUAUUUUGUCAUCAAUGUAUACAAAAAGUUAUAAACGCUACUGAGUGCCUCGAAUGUAAGACCUCCGGCGUACAAGCGUUACAGUUAACAGAUGCAUUGCCAGAAGCAGUGAAGCACAUAUUUGAACCAACUCUCGAUAUUUGUGAGCGGAUGGUUUUGGCUUGUAAAUUUCAAAAUACUCAAAUGAUGAUAAUACACAAACGUUUCGAAGCAAUGGAAAAAAAAUAUUAUGGAUUGAAAAUAACAUACAUGAAACUAUACAAGCAAUUUGAAGAUUUAAAAAUUAAUUACACACGGGCAAUUAAUAGUAGAAAAGUAGACUAUUCUUUACAAAACAUUCCUUCAUCCAGUGUUCCAAGAAAUUAUUUUAAUUCGACAAUGUUCAUACAAAAUUCAGAAGCAAAACGUGCUAAUCCAAGAAAUUUUCAACAACUAUCUCAUCGAAAUUAUCAUAUAGAUUAUCAAAGCGAUGAUAAUUAUUUAACAGAUAGCUCAAAUACUUCAACUUCAACUGUCCGGGUUACCCAUUACAACGAUCAAUCGACACCUGACGGAAUAUUUAGAGUUCCUAAUUCAAGAAAAAUACCUCGAUCUACAGGUACUUCUUCACAUUCUAGUGGAAUAAGUUCAAUUAAUAGUUCAACACCAGCAGGAAACCACAUAUUUUAAUGAAAACAUUUUAUUUCAACAUUAUUUUCUGGUGUAAUCAAAUGUUAUUUCAGCUUUCUCUAUAUUCUUUCAAUACUUGAUCAAUAAUUUUUUUUAUGUUUUUCAUUACUCCUAGAACAUUUAUCAAUUCAUUAUGAUAAACAUCAUUCUAAAUAAAUAAAUUAUUACUAGCAAGACAAUUACUUUAUUGAUUUUGUAAAUAAAAUCCAAACAAAUUUUUUUAAUUUCGAUGCAAUUUAAAUUCUUUUUCUUAUCAUAUACCAAUAUUUGUAUUGUACAAUACAAUAUAACGAAUAACGUUAUUCGUUGAAAGCCCUCCUUCAAUGGUAUCAUACUUAACCUUCAAUUCAACACGUGACAAGAUUCAAUGUUUUGUAACUAUUUGCUACUAAAUAUAACUUAUUUUAGUUACAAAAUCGUGUCAAAAUGAGUUUUUAUCAGACUAAAUCGACUAUUGAAGAAAAAGACGUUGCAGUUUUAUAUUUUGGACCACAAAAAAUGCAUUCAUUUGAGAUUACUCCUAAAAUUAUGAAUAAAAAAGGUGAACUUGUGGAAAAUGUAUUUCAAACGACACACGGUGCUUUAAAAAUUGCUUCAUUGAUUGGAAAAAAAUAUGGAUCAAGAGUAGAAUUAUCCCGUGGUUGGGGAUACAUAUUACAACCAACACCAGAACUUUGGACUGAAACUCUUCCUCACAGGACUCAAAUCAUUUAUACGGCCGAUUGUAGUUUAAUUGUUCAUUUAUUAAAUCUCAUUCCAGGGAGUGUAGUUGUUGAAACAGGAACUGGAAGUGGUUGCCUAUCUCAUUUCCUAAUCAGAACAAUUAAACCACAUGGUCAUUUAUAUACAUUUGAUUUUCAUAAACAAAGAGUAGAACUAGCAACUGAAGAAUUUUCAAAACAUGGCUUGGAAAAAUUUGUUACAGUUGCCGAUCGUGAUGUUUGUCGGGAAGGAUUUGGAGAUAAUUUAAAACUUAAAGCUGAUGCUAUAUUACUUGACUUACCUCUUCCUUGGUUAACGAUUGAUCAUGCAGUAAAUACUCUUAAAACUUCUGGCGGUAAAUUAUGUUCUUUCUCGCCUUGUAUUGAACAAGUUCAACAAACUUGUCUUAAAUUAGAAGCCACUGGAUUUGUUGAUAUCAAUGUUUAUGAACUUCUUCAGAAAGAAUUAACUGUAGUAUUUAAAAGCAUACCCAAACUUGAUCUUGAGUGUUUAAAAAAACAGCACACAUCUGACGAAGUGAUAAAAAAGAAAACUACAGAUGAAGAUAGAAUUUUAACUGUGAAUCACUCUUCGACAUUACCAGGACAUACAGGAUAUUUAACUGUUGCAACUCUACCACCAUUAUUUGCACGAAUCAUUCCCAAAAAUACCUGAUGGAUAGUUUUAAAAUUAUUUGAAUUUUUGAUGACAAUUUUUUUAACAUUUGUAUGAAAAAUUAAUGCUUUAUUUCUUGUAAUUAAAGAACAUAAUAGACAAAA